AGAAAAAAAUCCCUAACUUGAUUGAGAUUUAAGGCCAAAAGGUAAAUCGAUCGAUCCGCUCCGGCUCCGGUAAUAAUCAAAGGAUGAAAGGAACAAGUGCAAUUCGGGGAUGCCGACAAUCUCAAUUGGCAUUAACGGCAUCGCAGAAUGAAACGAGGAAGAAAAAAACGAGGAAGGUGUGUGGGUUAUGGUCGUUGCCAGAUGCGGUGGUUUUGAACUGCCUGGCUCAAGUCUCGAGAUUGGACCUGGCGGCCUUAGCUAUCGCCUCCAAGUCACACCGGUCUCUCGUAGUUUCCCCUGAGCUCUGGGACUUGAGGUCUCGGAUGGGUUUCUGCGAGCGUUAUCUAUACGUAUGCUUGCACAUCUUAUCCGAACCAAACCCACGGUGGUUCGUCCUCCACCCCGUGCAACGCCGGCUGAAACCGAUCGAUUCGUAUAUGUAUCAGACUCCAGCAUCAUCCUCUUUCGUGGAGAUGGAUUGGGGGAUCUAUAUCAUCGGUGGACUCGUCAACGGCAAGCCCACUUCGGAUGUGUCGCUUUUCGACUGCUUCGAGCACACCUGGUUCCGUAUACCGCCCAUGAAGAUGGCUCGUGCCUCCGCAUCGGCAAGCCUUAUAGACGAUAAAAUUUACGUUUUUGGAGGGUGUGGGGAUGACGCUGAUUCAUCAAACUGGGCUGAGGUAUACGAUCUCAACACUGAAACCUGGGAUUUCUUGUCUGUGUCUACACCGACCCUGAACAAUAAGACCCUUAAUAUCCAACAAAGCGUGGUGAUUGACAAGAAGAAGGAGGUUUACGUCCUAGCUGAGGAUGGUCAGAGCUUCUCCUUCUCACCAAGUCAAUGUAUGUUUGUGGCCAGCGAGAAAACUGAUGAUUCUAAGCCACAAGACAGAGCUGACUGGUGUUUGAUUGGGACUUUUAUAUUCUGUCGUGGUGGUACCCGCGGGAAAAUACUAUGGUGUUUGCCAUAUGAGUUGGAUUGGAAGGAAGUCAAGGGUUUAGAAGAGCUUCAAGAAUAUGAUAUCACCAAACUCUGCAGGGACUCUACUGGGAAGAUGGUCAUCUUCUGGAACGUGAACCCGCAGCCUGAAGGUCCUAAGAGUGUUGAGCUCUGGUCUGCCGAGAUUUCCCUGAAGAAAAGCAAAGUAAGCGAGGCAAGCGAGGAAUGGGAGGUUUGGGGGUAUAUUGACUGGUCCGGUAAACUCAUAGACACAGAUAACGUUAAGGUCCUAUUUGCUGGUUCUGUUUUUAUCUGAUGUUCUCACUCCCUGGUUCAAACUAUUUAAUUAUAUCAUCUCUGACUCAAUGAAUCACAUUGAGGGGAUAUAAGUUGUUUUGGGUGUCUUCGUGUAUGUUUUUUUUUUGCAGUUUGAUUUAUAUAAAUAAAAUUUGCAAUCUUUACUCU